CUGUGCCCCGCGCUGGGCUCUCUCUCCGCCUCUCUCCCACGCGCGGGCCUUUCUGUGCCAGCUGGCUGUCGACCCAGGUCAGGAAGCCCAAGGUCGGGGCGUUGACCCACGGGCCCUCCCGUUUUCCCUCCAAGGGCCGAGAGACGUCUACACCCGGACGGGCUGCGCGGACACCUGCAGCGCCAGAGGCGCCCGGCUGUCCUCUCGGUGCGGAGCCCGACAGAGCAGCCUUGGGACCCCGGCCAGGCUCCCGCGCCUCCGGACGGAUUUCUGCCCCGGCUCCCGGCGCAGCGCGCAGCCCUGAGCGGAGAGGGACGGGAACCGCGAGAGACCCUCGGUGCCACGGCCUCGCCGCGAUGGGGUCCUCGUCUCUACUCAGCCCGUGGCUCUCCUGGAAGAGAAUGGUGGGCAUCUUUUUCCUGCCGUUUAUCUUAUCAGGUUUUGGUCCUCGGUUUAAACAGGAAGAGAACCUCGUGAUUGGAAAAGCGCAUCCGCCCCAGCCCAGGGUUUCAGCCGUCCCUCCGAGCUCUCUCCCGAGCUCUCUCCCGAGCCCUCUCUCCCUUUCCACUUUCUUUCCCUCGCCCGCCUCCUCCAGGUUUAAUUGGUCUCACCUGACUCCUUUGGAGCUGAAGAACCGAUCUGUGGGACUUGGAACUGAAAGCACAGGUCAGGGUAACCCCCACUUCACACUGGAGGGCCACAAGUUCCUGAUCUUCGGGGGCUCCAUCCACUAUUUCCGGGUGCCCAGGGAGUACUGGAGGGACCGCCUGCUGAAGCUGAAGGCCUGUGGCUUGAACACUGUCACCACCUAUGUUCCGUGGAACCUGCAUGAGCCGGAAAGAGGCAAAUUUGACUUCUCUGGGAACCUGGACCUGGAGGCCUUCGUCCUGAUGGCCUCGGAGAUCGGGCUGUGGGUGAUUCUGCGUCCAGGCCCCUACAUCUGCAGUGAGAUUGACCUUGGCGGCUUGCCCAGCUGGCUCCUGCAAGACCCCCGGUUGCUGUUGAGGACCACCAACAAGGGCUUCAUGGAAGCAGUCGAGAAGUAUUUUGACCACCUGAUUCCCAGAGUGAUUCCUCUCCAGUACCGCCAGGGAGGCCCUGUCAUCGCGAUGCAAGUGGAGAAUGAAUACGGCUCAUUCAAUAAGGACAAAAAAUACAUGCCCUAUCUCCGCAAGUUUUCUCAACAGGCCCUGCUGAGAAGAGGGAUUGUGGAGCUUCUCUUGACCUCCGAUGGUGAGAAAAAUGUGCUGAGCGGCCACACCAAAGGGGCGCUGGCCACCAUCAAUUUGCAGAAACUUCACCGGAAUAUUUUCAAUCAGCUUCAUAAAGUCCAGAGAGAUAAGCCCCUUCUUAUUAUGGAAUACUGGGUCGGCUGGUUCGACAGAUGGGGAGAUAAGCACCAUGUUAUGGAUGCAAAGGAGAUUGAACGUACUGUGUCUGAAUUCAUCAAAUAUGAGAUCUCCUUCAAUGUGUAUAUGUUCCAUGGUGGAACCAACUUCGGUUUCCUGAAUGGGGCCACGUAUUUCGGGAAGCACACUGGCGUUGUUACCAGCUAUGACUAUGAUGCUGUGCUCACGGAGGCUGGAGAUUACACAGAAAAAUAUUUCAAGCUUCAAAAACUCUUUGGAUCUUUCUCAGCAAUUCCCCUGCCCCGAGUACCCAAACUUACCCCCAAGGCUGCAUAUUCCCCGGUGAGGCCCUCGCUGUACCUCCCGCUGUGGGAUGCCCUAGCCUACUUAAAUGAGCCAGUCAGGUCACAUCAGCCCAUCAACAUGGAGAACCUGCCCAUAAACAAUGGGAGCGGCCAGUCCUACGGGUUCGUCCUGUAUGAGAAGUCCAUCUGCUCCGGAGGCCGCCUCUGUGCCCACGCUCACGACAUGGCACAGGUGUUUUUGGAUGAGACAAUGAUAGGGAUUCUGAAUGAGAAUAACCAGAACCUGCACAUUCCUGAACUCAGGGUGUGCCGAUACCUGAGGAUCCUGGUGGAGAAUCAAGGACGAGUCAAUUUUUCAUGGCAGAUACAGAAUGAGCGGAAAGGAAUAACCGGGUCUGUGAGCAUCAGUAACUCUUCCCUGGAGGGUUUUACCAUCUACUCCCUGGAGAUGAAAAGGAGCUUCUUUGAGAGGCUCCGCUCCGCCACCUGGAGGCCUGUCCCAGACAGCCACCCGGGCCCCGCCUUCUACCGUGGGACCCUGCGGGCUGGCCCUUCUCCCAAGGACACCUUCCUGAGCCUGCGGAACUGGAAUUAUGGAUUCGUGUUCAUCAAUGGACGUAAUCUUGGGCGAUAUUGGAAUAUUGGGCCUCAGAAAACACUGUACCUUCCUGGAGCCUGGCUUCAUCCAGAAGACAACGAGGUCAUUGUGUUUGAGAAGAUGUUGAGUGGCUCAGACAUUGAAUCUACAGACAAGCCAAUGCUGUAAAACCGUGUCCGAACACAUUUUUUGGGUUACUGGAGUUCAUCUAUAAGUCAUUUUUGGAGAAGAACAUUUAUGUUAAGAUUAUCUAUCAUAGGGUUGCCUGCAAUGGCAAAAAUGUGAAAAUAACCAAAAAAACCCAGCAGAGUAAUUGUUAUGUAUUUUGUAGUCUGUCUAUAUGAUGCCUAUUUUUAGGCUCCAACAAGUCUUCAAAAUCUUUAAUGACUGAUUUAUCUAGUUUAAUGCUUAAUCCUUAGCAGGCUCUUAUUCUUUAAUUAAAUGUGCCUUUAAGUAGAUGUGAAUAAAAUAAAAACA